AAGGCAAGAACGAGCAGGGCAACGAGCGAACCGCGAGUGAACGUUUCUCUACCGGCGCCGGCUUCAGCUCUACGGGUGGAUUAAAUUCUCAGUCGAAGAGUCGAAAGUCUUGUUCAUUCUUAUUUCAACGGCACCUUAUCGCCAGCAUCUUUUGCAAGGAUCCUUUGAACAGAUUGACUUUUCCUGAAUUUGACGAGCUAUUCAAAAGGACGUUCAUCAACUUUACGCUUCGACGCAAUUUGUUUGAAGAUUCCUCCGUCGCAGAGACGAGGAAGCAAAAAAGGAGUUAGCUACACGACGUAUACAAAAAGGCGGGAGUAGCGAAAAACUAACAAUGCCACGCAAAGUAGCUAAGAGAAUUGAAACUGAAAUUACGGAGGGAGCUCCAGCAGUGGAAAACAAUGAUGUAUCUGCAGCCAAGAAGAAAAAAGUUCAAUCCAAUGAAGAACCAAGUGCUAGGGAAGUAAGGUUACCAAGGGCAGCUAAAAAUAAGAAAGCCGAACCAGAACCCCCUAAAGCAGUAGCAAAGCCACGCGCAACAAAAAAAGCUGAAUCUACUGACAAGAAGCUUGCAGGUAAGAAACAACCAAAGAAAGCUGAAGUUGAAGAUGAAGAAGAAGAGGACUCUGAAAAGACUGAAGAAAUAGCAGAAGAAGUUCCAGAAAAACCAGCAAAGAAAGGAAGAGGCAAAGGUUCAAAAAAAGCAGAACCUGCUGCUGAGAAAGAGGAAGAAGAUGAAGUAAAGACAGAAGAAAAAAGUUCUCCUGCAUCUAAGAAAGGAAAAGGUCGACCUGGCAAAGGAGAAGCUGCAAAGAAAGGUAAGGCUGCAAAAAAAGAUGAAGCUGGAACACCCGAAUCUGAUGGCAAAGAUGAAGAAGAUAAAGAAGCUGAUGAAGACAUUGAGUCGAAAGAAAAUGGUGUUGAAUCAGAGGCAACAGAAAAUGGAAAAGAGGGAACACCAGAAGACAAAAGUGAAGUUAAACCAGCUAAGAAAGGCAAAGGCAAAGUUCCUGCAAAGAAAGGCAAAGCAGCAGCUAAUACAAAAUCAGUAGUAGAAGCUACGAAUGGAGAGAAGGAAGAAGGUUCUGACGACGCGGAAGCUGUAAGCGCUUGAAGCGAUUAUAUUAAGAAGUUUUAUUUAUAACUUGUAUUAUUUUAUAUAAUUUAAAUCGCAAUGAAAAAUACGUUAAGUUCAUAAAUGUUCUUCAGUUAGAGACACAAAAAUACAAUAAUU